CCGGCGCUCAGGCAAACAGCAGUUAUACUGUUGUUCAAACAGCAGCCUGGGCCCCGCAGACAUGAUCCCAAAAGAAGCACCCUUGGAAGUGAUCUGAAUAUCUUAAGAUCCAGUGGAAGAGAAAAUAUCUGCAAUAAUUGUUCUGUGCUGAACUCUCGACUGACUUUCGUUUUUCUGUUCCCUUUGCCUCCCCAACCCUGUUCGUUUUGGUUUUGGUUUUGGUUUUGCAUUUCCCUGCCUGAUUCUCCACUUCGGCAUCGUCAGGGCUGCGCGGUGGUUGAGUUCAAGAUGGAAGAGAGCAUGAAAAGAGCCGUGGAAGUGCUGAACAAGCACAGCCUCAGUGGGAGACCCCUGAAGGUGAAGGAGGAUCCCGAGGGCGAGCAUGUCCGAAGAGCUGUGCAGAAGGCCAUGGCAGCCUCUGGGAGCGGGAUGGGUAUCAGCCCUGGUGGCGGCGGCGGCGGCGGGCCUGGCAUGAUUAACAUCCCGCCCAGCAUUCUCAAUAACCCCAAUAUCCCUAACGAGAUCAUCCAUGCCCUGCAGGCCGGCCGGCUGGGCAGUACCGUUUUUGUGGCCAAUCUGGAUUACAAGGUUGGCUGGAAGAAGCUGAAGGAAGUUUUCGGCAUGGCCGGCGUAGUUGUCCGAGCGGACAUCCUGGAAGACAAAGAUGGGAAGAGCCGAGGGAUAGGCACGGUCACCUUCGAGCAAGCCAUCGAGGCUGUCCAAGCCAUCUCUAUGUUCAACGGGCAGCUGCUCUUCGACAGGCCGAUGCAUGUCAAGAUGGACGAACGGGCGUUGCCGAAAGGGGACUUCUUCCCUCCGGAGCGGCCCCAGCAGCUUCCUCAUGGCCUUGGAGGGAUCGGCAUGGGACUGGGGCCGGGAGGAAUACCAAUCGAUGCCAAUCACCUGAACAAAGGCCUGGCCAUGGGCAACCUCGGCCCUGGAGGGAUGGGCAUCGAAGGCUUGGGCUUCGGAAUGAAUAAAAUGGGAGGGAUGGAGGGUCCUUUCAGUGGAAUGGAGAGCCUGGGCCGUUUUCCUUCCGGAAUGAACAUCGGCCGGAUGAGUGAAAUGGACCGUGCCAUUGGAGGGGGAUUCGAAAGAGACUUCCCCAGAAACGAAAUGGGGAUGCCCCGUAGUUUUGGAGACACUCUGGAGAGAGGCAUAGGGGGUGGCGGCGGUGGCGCCACGAUUCCGGCCAUUGACCGGAUGGCUCCGGGACUGGACCGCAUGGCCAGCAGCAUUGACAGGCUCCCCACCGGCAUAGGCCACGGGAUCGAACGCGUGGGCUCCGAGAUGGACCGCAUGGGACUGGUGCUGGACCGCAUGGGCUCUGGAGUAGAUAGGAUGGGCUCGGGCAUCGACCGCAUGGGCCCUCUGGGGUUAGACCACCUGGCAUCCAGCAUCGACCGCAUGGGCCCCGGGAUGGAUCGGAUGGGCGCCGGCCUGGGCUUUGGCCUGGACCGCAUGGGCUCCACCCUCGACCGCGUGGGCAGCGCCAUGGACAGGAUGGGCAGCGGGGUAGACCGCAUGGGGUUGGGCCUGGACCGCAUGGUCCCAGCGGGGAUGGGCCCCGUGAUGGAUAGGAUGCCGGCGGGUCUGGACCGCCUCGGAGCGGCUCCCAUGGACCGGAUGGGGCUGGACCGCUUGGCGGCCCCCAUGGACCGGAUGGGGUUGGACCGCAUGGGCGCGGGCGCAAGCGGCAUGGACCGCAUGGGGCCAGCCUUGAGCCAGGGCAUGGGGGCUGGCUUAGACAGGAUAGGGCUGCCCAUGGGGAGCACCUUCGAGAGAACCAUGGACAUGGAGCGUGGGAACUUUGCUGCCGGAAACUUCACCAGUGCCCUAGGAGGCGGAGGGCCCGUGGCUGCUGCCGGUGUAGCCAGGAAAGCUUGCCAGAUUUUUGUGAGAAAUCUUCCUUUUGACUUUACAUGGAAAAAUCUGAAGGACAAGUUCAACGAAUGCGGGCAUGUGCUCUACGCGGACAUCAAAAUGGAGAACGGGAAGUCCAAAGGCUGCGGAGUGGUCCGGUUUGAGUCUCCCGAGGUGGCCGACCGAGCCUGCCGGCUCAUGAACGGCAUGCAGCUCCGUGGCCGGGAAAUCGAUGUCCGGAUUGACCGAAAUGCUUAAAAGCCCCACCUUCUUUUUUUAAAAAAAACAAAACAAAAACAAAAAUGCUCUGGGGAGGUGCGGGGAGGGGAGGGAGUCUAGAUUUGUAAUUCUUUCUUGUUUAUGGUGUAUUUUUUCUUCUUUUUAAAAAAAUCCGCCCGGAUGCAAGACUGGCAAAGACAUCAGCUCUGCUGCUUUCUGGAGUCAUUUUAAUAAUUCCCUUUUUAAAAUCUGGGAUGGCUUUUUUUUUUUCUCCCUCUUACUCAUUUUGUCUAGUCUUUUUUUAUUUUGUUUGUGAGGCAGUUUUUUAAACCGUUUAACAUGCCAAGAGUUCUGGUUCUUUUUGUAGCGACGCCACCUUGUUGAAUUGGGGGAAAAAAACCAACCAACCAACCAACCACGUUUUGCAUUGUGUCUGGAAGUAAUUCCUUUUCCCCACCAAGAACUGGUGGCUUUCACUUCUUUGCCCACUUCCUGACUGGUGAAAGAACCUUGUGGAAAUUCUUUUUUUUUUCUUCCCCUUUUUUUUUGGGGGGGGGGGCUGGGGGGGGUGAAAGGUAGUCCUGAUCAUUGUGUGACCUAUUCUCCUUUGGAAAGUAGCUUGUUUGCAACCUUUUGCAGACUGAAGUGUUUGGAAAUGUGUGUGAAUAGACCAACGGUCCGACCAAAACUGUAUCCUGUACGAGAUCUGUCAACAUUAAAGAUGUUUUCUUGUGACUUAA